AUGGACACCUAUUUGUGGUACCCUGAUAGUGGCUGUUCAAGACAUAUGACUGGAGACCGCUCUUUCUUUAAAAUGUUUGAACCAAAAAAGGGUGGCAAUGUUACAUUUGGUGAUGAAAGCAAAUCCCAGAUAAAAGGAAAAGGAAUUAUCCCCUUGCUAGGAUUAUCUGACAUUACGAAUGUUUUAUAUGUUGAAGGGGUUGAUUUUGAUGAGACAUUUGCACCCAUGGCUCAUAUUGAAUCCAUGAUUUUACUUGCUCUUGCUUGUCAUUUUAAAUUCAAGUUAUAUCAAAUGGAUGUUAAGAGUACCUUCCUAAAUGGGUUUCUCAAGGAAGAAGUUUAUGUAUCUCAACCUAAGGGUUUUGUUGAUCCAUAUUAUCCAAUCAUGUGCUUUAUCUAA